AGAUAAAGUCGUAUUGGUUGAGUUAAUGUGAGAAGAUGAAAAGUGUUAGCCUGAGACUAGAGCUUCACAUUCCAAUUUGUUCUUCAAACCCUCCAUCAUGUGUCAAACCAAUAAAACUAGUGGUAGUAUCAUCGUAUGGGAAAAAGUUGAAACAUCCAGCUUCGAAAUUGGCAAUGACUCAUAGAGAGCACACAACAACUUUGCCAUUACUGAAACAUGAUUCUAGCAUUGUGAUGAUGGGAGCGGUGUGUGUGGGAAUUUUGGUGGUGGUUCUGAGCGAGGAAAAGGCCUUGGCUUUGGGCCCAGAAGGCCCACUUGUGGAAGAGUUCUGGGACAACGUGAGGAGAUAUGGACUCUACGCUCUCACCGUCAGCACAGGUGCCCUUUACACCAUCUUCCGCCCUAUAGUGGAACUUCUCAAGAAUCCCAUUUCUGCAAUUUUCAUCCUUCUUCUUUUCGGGGCUUCCUUCUUCAUUGUUUCUCAAGUUCUCUCUGCCAUGGUUGGUGUUUCUGAAUUUUCUUACGACUUUGGAUACUAGCCUACACUACCUCCAAUUAUAUUAUAUGCAAAAUAAAUCCUUUUUUAUUUUUACUCUUUCAUCAA